UGCGUGUGUGUGGAAAAGGGGAGGUGUAUCCAUGGAGGAAUCUGGUCCGUAAAGCACAUACGGACACACACAGUAUAUAUGGUGUUGCAUAGACUUAAUUCGAUCUUAGGUUCCGAAACGAAUGGUUUAAUAAAGAUAUUAAAUGUUUUAUAAAAGACUCUAAUCGGCGUAAUUUCGAGAAGAAUCGUUGAAAAGUAUUUAAGUAUAUUGCGGACGCAUUUAAUAUUCAGCUUGCAUGUCGGACGAUACUGCUGUAAAUGGAGUGGUAUGUAAGCAUCGAGAAUUGUUUUAUUUUUAUUUAAAACUUUUUUCAUUUGUCAGAUACAGUGCAUCUUAUGAGAGACAUUGUAUAUAUCGCAAUGUCAUCUAAUUCUAAAUUGCACUAGGGUAUAAGGUGCUGUUUGCUUUUUUCAUUGGAGUAAGCGUUACACACAAUGAACAUGCUCGUCCGUUCAGUUUCACUUUGAAACGACGAAUGUAUGCUCGAGUUCUCUAAAAUGGCAUGCAUCGUUUCGCUGUACCUCUCGAAUAUCAGAGUAGAACAACCUGGUUUCUCCGUAGUGUUUUUCCUCGUCACGGUCGAAAUAUUUUGUAUGAUUGAUUGUAAACUAACCGACGGUAGUCUUUCUUUUUUCUUCUUUUUAUUGCAAUAUGCGUUGUUUACCACUGUGAAAUCCUCCGGAUGCAUUGUGAGAUUUUUUUCAGAUACGACACAUCUGACCGCUUUAUGGAAAUCUUUAUUGCGUUAUUUGUAAAAAAAAGGAAUAAAAAGGCAAAUAAAACUAGUACGAUGCGAGUCGCAGUCUUUUGGAUUCGACGGUUCGACGGUUGAUCGAUUUUUGCUAUUGUUAAACUCACGAUCGAUGUGUAAUAUUUUUAAUAUAUAACACGAUAUACGAUAUACGAUAUACGAUAUACGAUAUAACGAACAAUUGCUCUGCUUCGAGUAGGAAAAUAAUUGAUCGGUUGGUUCAUCGAUUUCUUUGCGCUCUCUGUAUUACCAGUUCUUGUUUCAAGUAUUUGUGGAAUUCGUAUGUCGAGUGUUCCGAUUUUGUAAUUUCGCGCCACUAUGGGGGGCGCGGUAAGGUCGACGCUUCGUUGUAAUCGGCAAUCUUUUUUCUGUAUAAUUAUUCGGAAAAAUUGAACGUGUAUCGGUCGAUAGAACCGAUUUGAAAGGUCAGAAUCGAUCGAUACGAGAAAGUGAAACGAAAACAUUGGAAAAUACGAAAUAGACGGUAAUAGGAGAAAGGGCGAAGAAAGGAUUGGUUCGGGACGUUUCGAGUGUCUACACGUCCAUUGUUGUUCGACGAACAGUAAACAGUUGUAAGCGUCUAAUACGAUUCGUUUCGGUGAAAUAUUUCAGUGAAACAUGUCGACGCGCAUAAGCGAUUAUACUUUUGAAACGUUGUUGGGCCAGGGAACGUUCGGGUCCGUUUACCUAGUACGAAGAAAAAAAAAUUCGAAGCCGUUCGUUGUGAAGGAACAAGCUUUAAAUGCAACGAACGCGUUGCCUUUCAAGAAUAUAUUAGGGGAGGUGCAAUGUUUGCACAAGCUGAGGCACCCGAACAUAGUGGCUUAUCACGGGGCCUGGAUGGAACACGAUCACAGCUAUAUUCUGAUGGAAUACGCGACUCGUUGCACUCUCAAGGAUUUACUGAGUAAACGCGAAGCACCGCUCACCGAGGAAGAUGCGCUCUACUUGUUCUCUCAAGUAGUUCUCGGCGUUCAUCACAUACAUUACAAAAAGAUUCUUCAUCGCGAUUUGAAGCCGGAGAACAUCAUGCUAACCGGAAAUCGCGGCGACAUCGUCCAAAUCGGCGAUUUCGGCGUAUCGAAGAAUUUCCAAGAAUUGGCCGAUCCUUCCGGACUGUGCCGCGCUGGAUCCUUUUAUUACAUGGCUCCGGAGAUGUUCGAGGGACGAUGUUACGAUUUCAAAUGCGAUAUAUGGAGCAUGGGAGUUGUCCUGUACGAGAUGGCGACGAAGAGACAUCCCUUUCCUGGCACGGAUUUUGCGGAAAUUAUGAGAAUGACGUGCGAGGAAAGCCCACGACCUCUCCCCGAUCGGACGUCACCGGCUCUCGUAAACUUGAUAUCAAAGAUGUUGAGGAAGCUGCCGUUUUCUCGUCCGAAGACGGAUCAGUUGAUGCUUUGCCCGCACCUGGUUCCUUUCAUCGGGCGAACCUAUUUAAAUUUAGGUCGCGUCCCAUGCACUUUGACCAGAGGGAACAACGAUCACCGUGAUUCCGAAGUAUUUCUAAAGUUUCUGAAACCACGCGAAAAGCCUAAAGCUACUUAAUCUCGAUCGAUUGUUGUUUGUCCAUCCGUGUAUGGUU